AUGGAGUCAUCACCAAGGGGGAGGGCCAAUCUCCCCUCGCCGCAGAAGAAGGGCGUUCACAUUCAUGUGAAACUGCCCAGCGGGACCGAGGUGCACGAGUUCAUCCUACCUGCUGGUUACACCGUCGAUCAAGUCAAGCGUGCGAUCUUCAAGCAAAUUCCUGAUUUGGCCAAGGAGACGAACCCCAACGACUACCAGCUCAAGCUACGCGACACGCUGCGCUCGAAGGAGGAGAUCCUCAAUGUGGAGUUCAGCAAGCUACAGAACCUGGCCACGGUCAUGAGCGCGGCCGAUGAGACGCCACUCGAGCUUUCCAUUUUGUCCACGAAGGUGGGCAGCGUACGCUCGCAACCGACCUGGGCCCCAACUCUAUGGUUCAACACACGAGACCGAGGCGCCCUCAGGCCACACUACGCCGCGGACGCCCACAAAAGAACCUUCGGACACUUCGAGUCCUCGUGGACCCUCGCUGGGUGGCGUUGUAUCACCGCGUCACACUGCCCCUCCCAAGUCUCCACGCGUUACGCCUCCCCAGCUAUCUUACACGUCGAGUGCCAGCCACACAAGCGAUUCUACUGGACCCACCUCGCCGCGCUCUACUUCGCCUCGCGCCACAUCUCCCCGAGGCACUUCAAUCCGUCCAGCAGUGACAAGGGACAGGCGUCGGCGCAACAGCCUACAUCAGUGGCGAACAGAGGCCAUGCCGACGUUGAUACCCGCGACGACACCAUCAAGGAGCUCCAGGAGCAGCUCGCGCGGGCGCACGCGAGCGUGACCCAACUAAAUGCCAAGCUGGCGCGCAUCGGCAGACUCGCCCGGCUCGAGCUGCUUCCGCUUGCCGCCAACACGCCGCUCACGCAACUGGUCAACGAAGACCCCGCCAAGUUGUCGGCCGCCGUGAGGGAGAACGACAUCGUAGCGUCGGAAAAGCGACUCCGUUCGACACUCGCCCUCGUGCUGGCGGAAACCGAACGCGGAAGUGACGAGAUGACCAACAGGUCGGCCAGCGACGAUCAAGUCGGCCUGUCGGGAGCUUUGGCUGGAGCAAGUAGCCUGGCCGGUUCGGUGCUGACCUCAAGUACCACGAGGGGCGAGCGAGCAGUGUCGGCUGCGGAGAGCUCCGACGCCAAACGCGGGCGCAGCGUAUCAACCAAGGCCUCAAUCGACGCCAUUGCCGGCCGCAUGAAUCUCGAAGUGCUGACCAGCAGCCUCGCCUCCUCUGCGUCUUCGCCCAGCACCAUCUCCGGCUCUGCUGGCGGAGCUUCGACCGGAUCAUCACCACUUCCGCCCCGCAAGAUCCUCACACCCCAGGAAAGGACGGUGAUGCUCCAGCAGGAGUUCCUCGACACCGAGGAGACCUACUACAAGAGCCUCCAGAAGCUUCAUGAUCACUUUGAGGGGCCUCUGGAGGCGAGCGGAUUGCUCACACCAGAGCAGUGCGAUACCUUGUUCUCUCGCGUUCGCACGCAGCUGUUGGAGAUGCACAAGCAUUUGCUUGAGACAAUCAAGUCCUCGGAUCGUUCAUCAUUCUCCGAUGGCUUGCUUGUGAUUGCGCCCUACCUCAAAUUGUACACUGAAUAUGUAAACAACCACCCUGCGGCGAUUAGCCUCUUGAUCGAACUGAAUGCCAACUCGAAGAAGUUUGCUGCCUUACUCAAGCAACUUGAACAGAAGCCGGAAGUUGAAUCGCAGGACUUGUCGUCUUAUCUCAUCAGACCCAUCCAGCGCCUCCCUAGAUACGAAAUGCUGCUAAGGGACAUGGUGAAGUACACAACUGAGGAAACAGAGCACUUGAAGCUGAGCAGACUCUUGGAGGCCGUGAAAAAGGUGAACGAGCACCUCAACGAAGCAAAGCGCAAGCGAGACAAUUCAACAAAGAUGGCCGCCAUCCAGAGCAACCUCAUCUUGGGCAAGGCCAAAGGGACCCGCUCCUUCUUGCGCGAUGACACGUUGCUGGUCAAGAAGGUGAAGAAGGAGAAGACCACGUUCGCCAAGCACCACUUCUUCUUGUUCAACGACAUUCUCCUCGACACCGUCAAGAACAGAGAGGGCAAGUUCAAGCUUGCUCAGGUCUAUUCGCUCUCGGAGACCUCGUUCAUGAAAUACGAAGGCGAGACAGACACGGUGGCCCUCUUCCACACAUCAUCGCCCGAAUCAGCAGAGGAGGACUUGGCCAAGGCCAUCCACGUGAAGGCCGACCAGGGCGGCGACAUCGACGGCUGGCUGCAGGACGCACUCGACGCCAAGUCUAGCCUGCGGGCGGAGGCAAGCAAAGACGGAAGAUUCCAUGUAGCAUUGUAA